AGUUUUGUACACAAACUUACUGUAAGUGGUACCUAUGCAUACCUAAACUGUACUGUACAGUAAAUUUGAACUAGAAUAUGUCAAGUUUUGUUAAGUUGUUAUACCUACAUUGGCCAAAUUAAGCAGAAAUAGGUAAUCAUUACAUACGUCAGAUAGAGACCAGUAGAGGGUGAUGUUAAUGUUGUGGAUGGGCUGAUUCUGUGUUAAAGAUAUUCACAUAUCUGUGCAUGUUAUGCCUGUCUGAUAACUCCUCCUAUCUUGCUGAUAAAGUGUAUGACUAAAGGAGGAAUCAAAUAAAAAACUGCACAGAGUGAAAUUGUCAGUCGAGUCUGAGAAAUCUGAGUUGGUCUGUUGCCAAAGUAGGUAUUUAUCUAAGUCAUUGUGUUGGCUUCUGAAGAAAGUUUCUCAACCUGAUUCAACUCCGUCUCAAAGUGUAGACCUGAACUAUGAUAAAUCACACUGUGGAAGGGAUUUACCAAAGCUCUCAUGUGGAAAACGCCCUCCUUGCGACAUUCUACAUUGUCAUCUUCGUCCUCUCAGUUCCAAGCAAUGCCCUUGCACUUUGGGUGUUCUGUUGCCAUGACAACCACAACACUCCUUCCAAAGUGUUUCUGAAGCACCUGGCCAUAGCUGACAUGUCUUACGUCUUGGUGCUCCCCAUGCGAGUGAUCUACCAUAUGUCAGACAGUCACUGGCCUCUUGGGGAGGGGGCCUGCUGCGUGGUUGGCUUCCUGUUCUUUGUCAAUCUCUACUGUAGCAUGUAUUUUAUGACCUGCAUCAGUCUGGACCGUCUGCUGGCUUGUGUCCUGCCACACAAGACUCGGAAUCUUAGAAGAAGCUGGAAUGCCAAAGUGGUCUGUGCAGUUCUGUGGAUUAUGGUGAUCAUCUCCAUGGUGCCUGUCCUUUUCUCCAGGAAACAAGUAACUAGACAAUUAACGAAUUGGAAUGUGACAGUGUGUGAACAACUGUACAUUGAAAAAUCAUCCAAUCGUACUAGUGCAGUUGUGUCCACUGCUGUUGCUUUUGUGAUACCUCUGGUUACCUUAUCAGUUUCUUAUAUUCUCAUAUUUUGCAAAGUCAGAAGAAUGACUUUUCAAGAAAGGAUGCCUGCCCAGCAUAAGGCUUUGAGAAUGAUCAUACUAACUGUGGUUAACUUCUUGAUUGCCUUUGUGCCUUACCACAUCCACCGGUUUGUCUUUAUAAUUCAGCUGUAUGGCAUGUCAAUAUCAGAAUCAGAAAGGCAUCUGUUGUAUUUGGGAAAUCGCAUUACCUCAGCUUUCACAUGUGUAAGUGGUGUGUUGGACCCUGUCAUGUACUUUUUUCUGGCUCGAAAUUACCAGAAGACACUUCUACAUCUCUGUGGUAGAAACCCCAAAGAGGAGCAAUCCAAUACAUGAACACAACCCACAUCUUACUCUUACCGGUUAGUCCCAGACAUACCUAGAGAGUAUCUGCAAGCCAUGUUCUCAAGGAUGACACAAAAGUCAAAGUGGAAAAAGUAUGGCUGAAAAACAAUAGCUAAGGUUCAACUCCAAAUUCAUUCAGGUGCUUAUUGAGUUCUAUUUAUUAGUUUCUACUCAUCAGAAAAAUAUAUUCUUUGGUAUUUAAUUUUAAACACUCCCCAAAACUCAUUUUAGAAGAAUUUUUUGGAAUAUUUAUUACUUUUUGAGAGAAAAUGUUUGGCUUCACUGGGUUGGAAAAGAUUAGGACUAACUUUCAAUUUGGGGUCAAUAAGGUUUCAAUUUGAUUUCUUCCACAGCAACUCUGUCAUAUGACUAGACAUUUGACAUUGACAAUGUAUUACAUUUUUACAUGUGAUUGGAGGAAUAUCCCAUUUAUCUAACUUUUCCUUGUUUGUUUUAACAAUUUAAAUGAUCAUUAUUUCUUCAAUGUAUUCUUAUACAUAGUUCUCUUGUUGUGCAGUU